AUGGAGGGACAAAAGCAGGUCAAAAAGGCCAACAGAGUGCAAGUGCCUAUGCAUGAACGUCCCGCGCGGUACGGGUGGCCAACCACCAAUGACCGAGGGUAUACCAUCAACGAAAGACCUUCAGGUCCAAUUAGGCCCAUGAAGGUGAUCUGCGUCGGUGCGGGUGCUUCAGGUAUUAGCCUAGCCAAGUCUGCGCGGGAUCUCAAGAAUGUCGACCUGAUAAUAUAUGAAAAGAACGCUGAAGUGGCAGGGACAUGGCUGGAAAACAGAUAUCCUGUGACAUAUCAGUAUAGCUGGGAGCCAGCGAUAUGGUCCAAGUUCUAUUCCGAAGCUCCAGAGAUUUUUCGCUACUUCAAGAGCGUGGCCGAUAAAUAUCAAUUGUACAACGCCAUCAGAUUACAACACCGGGUCGAUCAUGCGCAAUGGAUCGCCCAGGAAGCGAAAUGGAAAGUACAGAUAACUGAUCUCACGACGAACAAGAAAAUUGAGGAUAGUUGUGAUGUCUUUGUGAAUGCCAUGGGAUUUCUGAAUGACUGGAACUGGCCCAACAUCAGUGGCCUCGACACCUUCCGAGGAGUUGUUGCACACUCUGCUGGCUAUCCCGAGGACCUUCCGCUUAAAGGCAAGCGAGUGGCAGUCGUCGGUAACGGUUCUAGCGGCAUCCAGCUCGUUGCCAAUGUACACCAAGAGGCAUCACACCUAUACACCUGGAUCCGCUCCCCUACGUGGAUCACUCCAGGAUUUGCCCAAAAGUACGCUGGGCCAAAUGGCGGGAACUUUGCAUAUACAGAGAAGCAAAAGCAGCUACUGCGAGACGAUCCAGAGUACUAUCUAAAGUACCGCAAGGCCGUCGAGCUGGAGAUGAACGGCGACUUUUUGGCUUUUCAUCUGAACACGCCUCAGUCGAAUGGUGGAAUGCGAUAUGCGGCACGCGAAAUGAGGAAGAGAUUGCAAGAUAGAGAAGAUCUUGUGGAUUCCCUGAUUCCCAAGGAGUUCCCCCUGGGAUGUCGACGUCCUACCCCUGGAACUGGAUACCUCGAAGCGCUACUGCAACCGAACGUGACCACAUUCAAACACGGCGGCUUGACGCAGGUGACGCCCGACGGCUUCAUAGAUCCCGAGGGCAACGAACACAAGGUCGACGUCAUCAUUCUCGCAACAGGGUUCAAUACCUCGUGGGUCCCGCGGUUUCCCAUCACUGCCAAUGGUAUCAACCUACAAGAUAUCUACCGCAAGACGCCUGUGAGCUACCUCGGAGUUGCAGCCCCUCAGAUGCCAAACUACCUCACAUUCUAUGGACCCUACGGACCCCUCGGCCAGGGAAGUGCCAUGCCGAUGAUCGAGGCUUUUACCACCUAUAUCAUCUCGGUGGUCAAGAAGAUGCAGACGGAUGACAUCCGCGACCUCACACCGAAGCAGCGCUGCAUUGACGAUUAUGCCGAGCAUGCCGAUCUCUUCAACAAGCGGAUGGUCUACAGUGGACACUGCCGCAGUUGGUUCAAAGGAAAUCAGAUUGAUGGGCGUGUGAUGCUGCAUCCGGGAAGUCGUGCUCAAUACCUCGAGCUGAUGUCCUCGCCGCGCUACGAAGAUUUCGACAUCAACUACCACUCACGAAACAUGUGGGCCUGGCUCGGCAACGGCUACUCGCUCCGCGAUCUCGAUGACAGUGACAAGUCGUGGUACUUGGGCCUAGUGGACGGGGCUGACGUGCAGAAAACCUUUGACGUCGACGAGAUGCUGUGCCCGACGAAGCAGUCGUCGACCGCGCGAUUGUGA